AUGAACCCCAACGGCGCAGUCUACGUCAACGGUGACUUUUCCGAGCCCAUGAGCGCUCAGCACAACUUCCAGAACCACUUUGACUUGGACCACCCUGUCCAAGCCAUGCACCUCUACAACCGAAUCAUGCACCAGCAUACCAAGCGCCAAAUGGAAAAGGCCACCGACUCGAUGCGCCGCCACUCUUCAGCGAGCAACUCUGAAGGCGGCAGCCUCGCAUCGAUUGGCUCGAACCACUCAUAA